CUAUUUGUUUAUUAGGGAUAUGUUAAUAUUUUUAUUAGAAAACAAGACAGCGUGAGGUGGAGAACAUGCAUGCAAGAUCAAAUUGAAGUCAUAUAUAUUUACGUAACAAGUUUACUUGAACCCCAUGCAAGUCCCAUGCACUCAAACCCUUCUAUAUAAACCCCUCCAAGUUCAUCAUCCAGUCAUAAUCAAAUUAGCCAUUACACAAACUACAAAGUCUCUCAACCAUGGCAGUUCCAAAAGCUCACUACUCUCUAGCCAUCCUUGUCAUUCUCUUUGUCGUUUCAAAUUGCCAAAAUGCCUGCAAUCCAGAAUGCAAGGCUAAAGAACCCUUCAACUGCGAUAAUUCUCUUACCUUCAACCGAACUGGAUUUCCAAAGAACUUUACUUUCGGUGCAGCUACUUCCGCGUACCAGAUUGAGGGUGCUGCACAUAGAGCCCUUAAUGGAUGGGACUACUACACUCAUAGAUAUCCAGAAAGGGUUCCAGAUCGCAGCUCCGGAGACGUUGCUUGUGAUUCGUAUGAUCUUUACAAGGAGGAUGUCAAAUUACUGAAAAGAUUGAAAGUUCAAGCAUACCGACUCUCCAUAGCCUGGUCAAGGGUCUUACCAAAGGGAAGACUGACUGGAGGAGUGGACGAGAACGGGAUAGCAUACUACAACAAUCUCAUUAACGAGUUAAAAGCUAAUGGCAUAGAGCCAUUUGUGACUAUAUUUCAUUGGGAUGUUCCCCAAACUCUAGAAGACGAGUACGGAGGCUUCUUAAGCCCGCGUAUAGUAGAGGACUUCAAGAACUAUGCGGAGCUUCUAUUCCAAAGAUUCGGAGACAGAGUCAAGUUUUGGAUCACUCUAAACCAGCCUUACUCUCUCUCAUCCAAAGGUUAUGGAGAUGGAUCAUAUCCACCGGGAAGGUGCACUGGCUGUGAAUUUGGAGGUGAUUCUGGAACCGAACCUUAUAUAGUCACGCAUCACCAACUUCUAGCCCAUGCAGAAGCUGUAUCUUUAUACCGAAAAAGAUAUCAGAAAUUUCAAGGUGGUAAGAUAGGAACGACCUUGAUCGGGAGAUGGUUUGCCCCGCUAAACGAAACUAGCGAUCUCGACCAGGCUGCUGCAAGACGAGCAUUCCAAUUCUUCGUUGGAUGGUUCUUGGAUCCAUUGGUGUACGGAGAAUAUCCAACGAUAAUGAGAGAACUCGUUGGAGACAGAUUGCCAAAAUUCACACCGCAAGAAUCAGAUUUAGUUAAGGGAUCACUUGAUUUUCUAGGGCUGAACUAUUAUGUUACACAAUAUGCAAGCGACGCAUCUCCUCCUCCUCAGACACACCCUAGCGUCUUAACCGAUCCACGAGUUACUCUUGGAUAUUAUCGCAAUGGAGUACCUAUCGGUGUUGAGUCUCCAAGCUUUGUCUACUAUCCUCCAGGGUUUCGUCAGAUUCUAAAUCAUAUCAAAGACAACUACCAAAACCCACUUACCUACAUCACCGAAAACGGAGUUGCUGAUUAUGGAAACUUAACGGUAGCAAAUGCUCUUGCCGAUAACGGAAGAAUUCAAAAUCAUUGCAGCCAUCUUUCAUGUCUCAAAUGCUCCAUCGAGGAUGGUUGCAACGUAGCAGGUUAUUUUGCUUGGUCAUUGAUGGACAAUUAUGAAUUUGGAAAUGGUUACACUCUCCGGUUUGGUAUGAAUUGGGUCAAUUUCACUAAUCCUGCUGAUCGAAGAGAAAAGGAUUCUGGGAAAUGGUAUUCUAGGUUCGUCGCAAAAUAAGGGGAAUUGAUAGACAAAUAUCAACCCCAUAUGUAUCCAACCUUUAAUCCAUUAAGUACUGGACAAUAUAAAUUAUUUUCUUCAACUUAUAAAAGCUUAUGUGCUGUGUAUUGUUAAUAAUGUUGUAAUAAUUGGACCUUAACUCUUGGCCAAAUCAUAAAUAAAUAAAAACAUUUAUAUGACGUGCUUUGUACUUAUAGCUUGUACUUUGUUUUAUUUACCUUUCCCAAGCAUAACAUCUCAUCAUCUACGACAUGCUCUCUUUUUGUUUUGGUAAAAAUUACGACACGUUCUUAUUUGAUCAUUACCACAUUUUUUAAUAAAAUAUCCAAACCAAGGAUAUAAUGUCUAAUUUAAGUGCCAAAUCAUAUUAUUUUGUGUUAUUUUACUCCUCUCGUUUAUUUUCAAUUUUUAGAAAAUAUUAUUUUACCCGACCACAGAAACGACGUCACGCAUAGCUUCUCCAUUAUUUCCAGACAUGAAAUAUGGAGGUUAAAACAGUGUGCCAAAAGUUUGUCAUGCUAGUAAAAUUAAUUGAUUGUAUAAGUUGCAUCCGUCCCGAAAUACUAACGGCUUGUAAUUUUAUUCAUGCUUCUUAUUGUAAUUGGGAGUCCUAAAUAUCGUGGGAGUUAGUCAAUAAGAAUUUCAAAUGAGGUUGAUAUUUCUGGCAUGAAGAUCAUUAUGUGUCUAAGUUCAAAAAAAAUGAUCAUUAUGUGUCUUCCCAGCCAUGUGUAUACAAAAAUUGUUCAUGCUUAUGGCUAAAAACCUCAAGCAUUUGUGAAGAAACAUUUUCAAAGAGAAGACGACAUCCUUCUAUGAAACAGUCUAAUUGAUUAAAACUUUCAUUUAUAUAUAUGUGUAUAUAUAAAUGUUUUUAUAGAUUUCAGCCUACCAAAUUAAUGAACUUUCAUUUCACCUAUUCAAACUAAUACAUAUAUAUUAUAUGUGGUAUAUCAUAUGAGAAUUUAUUAUAACAUAUAUUGUGCAAAUUAUUCUUAUAGCACAUAAGUAUAAAUAAUAAGUAAAAUUAUCUAAAAUUUAAUGAAAAAUAAUUAUACGUGAUAUUCAGUUUUAAACCUAUUUUGAAUACAAUACUAUUAUUAGCUCAUAUCAAAUCAAUAAUUUACUCAAUUAUAAAUCAUUUGACUGCUAUGUAUAUGCAAAAACAAUAGUUUAUAGAUGAUUAAAUAACCUGAACAUAUUUUUUUUCCUAUUGCAAAUGUAUACCCUUGAUCGAUGAUUAAAAUAUAUGGUGCAAAAUUUUGAAAUUUUCUUUCAAAAUAAUCAAAAAUAAGCUUACAUUUGAAUUGAAUACUUUGUUCGCCCUAGCUGGUUCUCUCCCAGGCACGGAGUCCAAGACAGCCGCCGCUCAUCAUACUUCUCCGCCAGAAUGAAGAUCUCUCUCCGGUGCAGCUCCUCCUUCUCUUAACCACGAGCCUCUCCUCCGCUGUUGCAGUCACCUCACAUUCCAUCCCGAAGCUUUUCCUCUUCUCUGUCAAUGGAGUCUCUUGAAGCUGUUUCGUCUGGUUCUCCUCUCCUGCAACCUGAACCUCCAGAUCCGGAUAUCGACGUGAUGCUCCUGGUGGUUCCUCCUGUUCCUCCAGUCCCCCCCGACCCUCCACCGGUUCUCCUAGGUUGUGCGAUUAUCCGCCAGAUCUCGUUGUCUUUCACCACCCCUCACCAUCAGAGAGAACCGGAAGCUCCGUUGCCAUGGUUUCUCUGCGCUUCUACUAGUUUCUCGCUCAAGCUUCUCUGCUCAGAUGCAGAGGCGGGGGUUGUUGAGUUAUUUGUUGCAAGGUUUUUGGGAUUUCUGAUAGCAAAGUGCAAGCUUACCUCCCUUCAUUGCUCAUCAUUUCAAGUUCUCGAGGACUGGACUUCAAAUGGUGAAAUAUUGGAGUUCUCAGUCAAAGCCUAUCCUUCAUUUGAAAUCUCUGGUACAUGUUGUUGGACCCAUCUCCCUUUGCUUCAUGCUUCCGCAAGGUAUGGUGUUCAUAUCUUGUUGGAGUGAGUCUUUCUUGUUCGAUCAUUGCUGCCGUGUAGACUGUAAUUGUCUUAGUAGGAGAUCCCUGUUUCUUGAUAAUCAAGAGAUUAUGCUGUUUUUGAAUGGCUCUUUACCUCGUAUUGAGGAUGUUACAAACC